AGGCCGCUGCUCCGCUCGCACCUCUGACGGUCAGCGCUGGGACAGCACUGGUUUCUGGAGGAAAGAGGAAGGAAGAACCACCAGCAGCUGCCGUGGGUUCCUGAGAACAACGAGAGCGAGGAAAGGGAGGUGUUCCCCAUUCACAGCCAGCCCGGAGAAGGGUCCGUGCUCGGGACGGGGCAGCGGCACCUCGGGAGGAUGGGGCCGGGGACGCUGGCGAGAGCGGCCGCGCUGCUGAGCCCCCUGCUCCUGUGCAGCGCUUCUCUGGACCUGAGAGGCCCAAGUGAGAUCGAAGGUGUUUGGAAGGGAUCUGUCACCUUGCCGUGUGUCUAUGUGCCUGUGCAAGACUUUGUGCAGCAAACACUCACGUGGACCGUGGUACAUGACCAGAGCUUGGGCACCGUGUUUCGGAGGGAUGGCUCUGGUGACCACAUUCUCCUGUCCAAGUACAGGGACAGGGUCAGUGUCCCGAAGGACACCCCAGGGAACGUGUCCCUUCACAUCCUGAACCUGGAGAUGGGUGACAGGGGAACCUACACUUGCCAGGUCACCUGGACAGCCAGCAACAACAGCCUGGCAGUGAAAGAGAUCACCAUGAAAGUGGAGGUUGUUAGAGUUGCGGUGACCAAGCCCGUCAUUGUGGCCGGCGAGCGGGGGCUGACGGUACCGGCGGGAGCCAGGACCAGCCUGAGCUGCGUGGCCAGCGGGUCCCCCCCCAUCAGCUACCGCUGGUUCAGGAGCAGCCCGGGGGGCAAAGCGCGGCUGCUGGGCCACCAGGCAGAGCUGGUGUGGGACAGCGCGCAGCCCUCCGACAGCGGGACGUACCACUGCGAGGCACAGGGCAGGGCUGGGGCUGCGCGGCAGAGCGACGCCGUCCAGCUGACGGUCACAGAUCUGCCUGCAGCAGCAGUGACUCCUGACAGUGGUGUGGGACAUCCAGGAAGGAAUUACACAACUCAGAGUGUCCCGAGCGCGCGCCUGCCCCUGCACCUGGUCAUCCUGAUCGCCGUGGGUUGCGGUGCUGUGGUUUUCCUCCUCAUCUUCCUUAUCAUCUGCAUUCGGAAGCCCAAAGAUGCUCAAGUCUACGAAGUAAAACACCAUAACUCGAGAGCAGCAGCUUCUUCAGUGCAGGAAUGUACAGGUCAUUAUGAGGAACCCAUCUGCUUCACUGAAAACAACUACGUGAUGGAACCUAUAGAAAACAAAAGGUCUGAAGAAAUAAAUGCAAAACAGAAUGAAGAUGACUGUGUUGGAAAGACCCAGGAAUCUGAAUAUGAAGAAGGGGACAAUGUUGGAGACCCAGCAGUGCUGUACAGGUAGCAGUCCUGAAAGGUACAUCCAGGCAAAAACCCUCCUGCUACUCACCUUUGCCUCUGAAAAACUGGCUGGACAAGCAGUUUUUGCUCCUCCGCAGUUUGUGGAGCCUGAACAGUCUCUGCAGUGACGAUGCAAACAAUGUGACAAUGCAGGGGCUUCAGCUACAGCCCGCUGUGUGGAUGACCUGAUCUUGCUUUUCUUGGUUCCCUUUCUCCAGCCCGUAGCAGAAAGCCCUUGGAAAGCUCGAGUGUGAGGAUCCUGGGCCAAGAGCCCUGUGCUGAACCUGCUGCUGCACAGCACCAGGGGCACCUGUGCUCCCAGCCGUGGUGUGGGGAGCAGAACCAGCACCCAGGGGUGCCCAGCAGCCCAGCACCUUGGCCCAGGAACCGGUGUUUCUCCUCCGACCGCCUCAUGGGCUGCAUAGGUGGUAGAAAUGUCCUCUCAAAGCCUUAAAGAAACACCAAGAGACACUUAACGUGCUGAUAAAUCCAAGGACCUUACCCCACCAGGAGCAGCAGGAAGACAAGAGAUGUCCAUGUGCCCAUCGCGCUGUACCCAACACGUUCUGUCAGCACCCCAGUGAAAUACAGACACAACUUGUACAGUUCCGGAGCUGGACGGCUGGGCAAUUCUGACACUGCAGCAAGGCAUAUUCUUUGAGUUUUCCUUCUCUGUGGUCUCUUUAACACGUGUUUAAUGUUUGACAGAAAUGAGAUACUUUUCCAUGUUUGUGGAUAGAAUAGUUUGCACACACCUGAAUUAUUUUUGCAUGGCCAGCUCAUCUUUAAAACGCCAGCCGGCACUCACAAUUACAGCUCCUCACUAGAUACUCGGGGAGGAGUUUCCUCACAGCUCAGAGGGCCCAAGACGUAAGUAGAGAGCGGAAGAGCUUAGUUAUUCAUAGUUUCUACUACCUUGAGUAAAUCUGUAACACGGACACUGCAGAGUUACAGCAGAAUCUUUUUAUAAAAAGGGUGGGGGAAUACCGCGUCCCAUUAGAGCCAUGUGGACAGGUGUAAAACGGAACGGGUGCUAUGCGGUGGGGGAUAUUGGUGACACAGGAUUAGCGGACCCUGGAUUUGCUGCUCACACUUGAGAAAAUCAUUAAACUUAAGCCUGCAAAGUUA